UCCUGGCCCCGGCGAACCUCCUGCUCGGAAACGCACGCCCAUCGAGAGCCCCAGCAAAUCGCCCGGCCGCUCCAGCAAAUCCGGUCUGGUACUCGCACAAGCUGCGAUGCGACUGUGCGGAAGCAACGCGGCGGGUCGCUGUGUCGCACAACAGCGCUGUCAUGCCGUCGCCGCCGCCGUCCUGCUCUCCUGCUGGGCGGCUAGCAGUUCACCGUGUGGGCCGCCAAGGCCGCCCGCCUUUGCGCCAUGCUCUGUCAGUCGAGCUGUAGCGUCGAAUCUUCGGCCGCCUCAAGUGCCAUCGCGCCGGGCUAAUCGCUUGCACCGCCCCCGGCUCGCGCCAGGAGGGAGACCUCAUAUAUCAUCGCACCGCAUGUCCUCGACCGCACCAACUGGGAAGACACAACGCCGGACGACGACGCUCGUGCACGUCUCUCACCGAGCGCGGAAAACAACGUGCAGCGGAAGGCCCUUGCUGCCUCGAUAUCGUUGCUGGGUUGCGUCUUGUGCCCGCCUCGGUUCAGAGCUCUGCGACUGGCGCUGUCAUACAAGAUGGGAGCCACCAACGCCAUCUUGUGCGCAGCGCAACCUUCAACUUGGUUUCAAGCCCCGCCGUCGUGUGCCCUAUCGUGUCUCCUGCCCUCCUCGUACCCCAUCCGCGGGCCAGGGCAACCCUGUUAACUCGACGCUUUCAGUAGCCUGGGAGUUUGACUACGUGCCCCACCGCCGUCUCGAAAGCGUGUCGGAUCAUGGAACCCGCCACCGGCUUUCUGGAAGUAUAUGAUGCGCUCUUGUUUUAUCGAACAUCAUCGCAUGUUCUUUGCCCUUUGGCCGACAAUUCUGCCUACACUGG